UUAUGUACUCAACUACAAAAACAUGUGCAAAAACCAGUAUAUAAUGUUAUGUACUGGCACAUAGCCGGUGCAACAAGGGCAUCGCGUCAACAAGAAUGCAUGGCGGCCUCACAAAUAACUCUAUCUAAGUAAACCUGUUUCUCAGAAUCUUUGUACAUGGGUGCGUAUCACGGAUAAUAAAGUCGGUGGAACAUGGGUCGUAAUCAUCAUCAUCUAUGACUUCAAAAAAUGAUUAACAUCCUAAGAUACCUAUCACUGGACUGUCUGAGGAAAUUAAAGGACUAAGUCCUGUUUGACUUAUGUGCUACAAAUUUUACUAAUACAACUAUUGAAAUGAACUUUCCAGUUGGUAGUUUGGCAAAAGUUACAUUUGUUUCGGCCGUGCUAUUGUUGUCGAUACCGCAUCCAAAAUAGUAAAAAAAAACGUAUGACAUCAACAAUCCACUAUCGGUGACGUGUCUAGUGAUUAAAGGACGCACAACGCACAUACUCGUAGCAAGGCGCUUGAUAAACUACUGAUAAUCUCAUUCUCAGGUUACUGCUCAAAGGCAAGACUGCCUAACGCCGAUACAAUACUUUUAUUCCAAUUUCAAAAACGUUCGCCCGCCAGUGUUUUUUCUCUAAUAUUUGUUUUGUUUUCAUGUGGCCAGUAUGUUUUGCUCCAAAUUUGAAAAGCUAAAAAGCCUGGAAUAAUUCUAACAGUUGUGGAAUUUCAGAAUGUAUCGUUCUCAUUUCGAAUGUUGUCAGUUUUCUUCUUUGUGUGCGGAAGCAGUUUGUGUCAAGUGAAAUGAUAUACAACCUUAUUUUGAUCAUAACUCAUAAUAAGCAAGAAAUUAUGCUAAGCGAGCGAAAGCGGCUCGAAAUUCAAAAACCAUAGCGCACUGUUUAAAAAAAAAACGAGCAGAACAAAAUCAGAAGCGAGUCAUUAACAGUCCAAGUUAACCGGUUGUUGCGUAAAGUACGAUAAAUAGUUGCACAUCGUCGGUUUGUUAAAAAGUCAUUAAGAUUGAUGAAAAACUUGUUAGUGUGUCAGUGAUCGAAUUUCUAUGGAAAGUGGUGUGAUUCAGUGCAGUCCAAGUUGAGUGUACGGAUGGUUGCUCAGGAGUUUUGUGCAAAAUGUGUUGAAAAUGAGUGUCCCUAAUUUGAGUGCGGUUAAGAUCACAGAGAUAGAAGCAGGCGAGGCGUGCAAAUGGCUGCGAGCGGCCGGCUUCCCGCAGUAUGCGCAGAUGUACGAAGAUCUGCAAUUCCCGAUCGACAUAUCGGGGGUGCAAAACGACCACCCCUUCUUGGACGCAGACUCACUGCAGUCCUUGUUCCGACGGCUGACCACACUCAACCGCUGCGCCACCAUGAAGCUGGAGCAUCAUCAUCAUCAGAAGAGAUCGAACGACUCAGACGACGACCAGUGCGCGCUGAGCGACAAGUGGCAGUACGAGAGGAAGUCGCGCCGCUGGUCGCGCGUCGUCGAGAUCACGCCGCAAGCGCAGCGCCGACUGCAGGUGAUAGCAGCCAGAGCAAUAGCGGAACGGGAAGCCAGAGAGGCGAGAGGAGAGGUCGAGGAUGAUGAAGAUGAGACGCUGCCCACGAUCCGAGUGGGGCUGGUGGACGCGGACGGACGGUACACCGACGUAGAACCGGACUUGCUAACAGUACCUGGCCAGCCAGUGAUCCAGCUGCCGAGUGACAAGGAGGAUGACGAGGACUCCGGCGGCCGCUUCCGCAGAACCGGAUCGGAGAGACUCCGGGACGGCGCCAAAGCCCUUCUUCGACGCGUCGAGUCACUCAAGACGAGGAGAAGAAAACGGCAGAAUCGGACCGAAGUCAUCGUCUCCUCUCCCCACUUUCUCGACGUGUCUCAAGACAAAUAUCCAGAUCUGAGUUACAUAGACAUGACGCCUACUACGCCUACAGCUUUCCCGUUCCCGGAUUUCGGGUCUUCGCCGCUGCACGCUCCGGCUAUUCGGACGCAACCGCCGUCUCCCAUGACAGUACUGCCUCCGUCUCCUAUUGGAGCGUUGGAGCAGUCAUUUGUUUUGAACCCACCGUUCGGUGAUGACAGUUCGAGCUACGCCUCAGAUGGCAGCAUGGGAUCGAGCAAUAAAAGUUCUAAGUCGAAGUUGGGUCGCGCGAAGAAGAUUUUUCAUAGGGGGAUCAAGAAUGAGGAUUCGAGUGCGUUGAGUGACUCGGAGUGUCAGCCGGCCAGCUGGAGACACAAUUAUUAUAGGGAUCAUAAUACUCAUCAUAAUACUGAGCUGUACGUGGAACCGCGGUCCCCAAUAGAGCUGAAGCCAGAUCCCGAGGUCCUGAAGGAGGUACAGAAGUCGCCAGGACACACGGUGCACCGGAGACAGGCCAUCCGGACCAGCUCGCUCAAUUUGGGCAAGGAGGGACAGAAGUUUCGAGACAGGAGUCUGAAGAGGGACAAGUCUGCGUCGAGGAGCUCUGAACUGGAAGGCAGCCCCAACUCUGCCGGAUCCAGAUCUCAUGAUGGAGACAAUGAUGAUGACGACGACAGCGUUGAUAUGAAGACUAAGAAAAGCAGCAUCCAAAGAUGGUAUUCAUUUCGGACCAGUGGACUCAAUGGUGGGCCGAAAGCUAAUAAUACCUUGCAGCCGACUAUUAACCAGAAAGACCCAGAAGCGUAUUUGUCCCGCCCGAUGUCCUCCCUAUCCUGCGGCCAGCUCCACAUCCUCAGGAAGCUGGCUCUGCUGCGGCUGACAGCGUGUAUGGAACGCUACUGUCCCUCGCACAAGUCAGGGUGGAACUGGGAACUGCCCAAGCUGAUUAGGAAGAUCAAGACUCCUGAUUAUAAAGAUAAAACUGUGUUCGGUGUACCACUGACAGUGUCGUUACAAAGAAGUGGACACUCCUUGCCGAAACCUAUACAGUCUGCCCUCAACUGGCUGAAAGGCAAUGCUUUGGAUCAGAUGGGAAUAUUCAGAAAAGCCGGUGUAAAGUCAAGGAUAGCAAAACUGCGCGCGGUAGUCGAAGCGGCGGGGGCAGGCAACGCACCUUUUGCUAUAGAAAAUAUGAACACCAUCGACCCAACACUUUCUGCCUUGAACUUCGACGGAGCCCAAGCUCACGACGUAGCAGAUAUGGUGAAACAGUACUUCAGAGAACUGCCUGAUGCGUUACUGACGAAUAAGUUGAGCGAGACGUUUAUAGCCAUCUUUCAACAUGUUCCUGAACCGCUAAGACCUGACGCAGUUCAAUGCGCGCUGCUUCUGUUGCCCGAAGAGCACUUGGAAGCUCUACAGUCACUACUUAUAUUUUUGGCUGAUGUGGCAGAACAUUCGGCAGUAAACCAAAUGACCGCCUCCAACCUGGCCGUUUGCCUCGCGCCCACACUGCUGCGGUUACAUCAUGCACCCUUACAGACUGGAAGCACCAAAGAAGGCAACUCUAAUAGAAUGGUGAUCGAGAGCGUGGCCGACCAGCGGCAGAUCAGUGAGAGCCGCGCGGCGCACGCCUGUCUCCUACUGCUGAUACAGAAGCACCAGCAGCUGUUCCUGGCGCCGGCUGACAUGCUGGCCAGGUGCAAGUUCAACUACUUCGAGGAGAGCGUGCCGGUGGCACUUGAAGAAUUAGGUGCAGACUUCAAUCAAGACUGGAAAGGUUUCCAGCAGGCCUGCAUCAAAGCUUUACUGAAAGAAGCCAAAGAAAAAGUCUGUGGCCGUUCAGGAAAGAGAACGCGAGGUUGGAUGUCGGUGUCGGGAGCGGCCCCACACGUCGAGUUGUGCUGCAAGAAGGUCGGAGAUGGACAUCCUCUAAGGCUCUGGAGGGCUACCACGGAUGUUGAGGCUCCACCUCAAGAAGUUAUGCAACGGAUUUUGCGAGAACGUCACAUUUGGGAUGACUCGUUGAUCAAGUGGCGCGUGGCGGAGAAACUCGGAACUAACGCUGAAGUAUUCCAGUUCAUCACUGCUUCCAGCAUCAAUCUACCUCCAAGAGAUUAUUGUGUGUUACGCUCAUGGCAGCAAGGCGGCGGCGGCGGCGGCUGGUGCGCCGUGGCUGAGACCUCCGUGGCUCACGGCACCAACCCUUCAGAAGGUUCUAGAGGCGUCGUUCUGGCCUCUAGAUAUCUGGCGCAGCCGGCUGGCAAGGGCCGGAGUAGACUCGUGCAUCUGGCGAGAGUUGAUACUAUGGGGCGAACCACAGAGUGGUAUAACAAAUGCUACGGACACAUUUGCGCGCUGUACCUGGCUCGCAUUCGGGCCUCUUUCAAGCACAACACGGAAGGACCUGAGUCGAAUGUAUGAUCCAAGCAUUCCACUUAAGACGGUAUUAGAUCGUCUUAAGUUGGAGCUUGUUUAUUUUACUGGCUCGCUUGGGUCAGGCUAUAUUUUUGAUCUGGCAAUCUUAUUGCUUCACGUCGAAUAUUAUACGGCUCUAGCAAUUUUGUUAGUGGCAAUUUUUACUUAGUUGUGUGUGAGUGUCAUUGGCAGUUGUGCCAAAUAAUACCAACUGAUAUUAAUAUUGAUAAACAUUUUAGGAGGGUAAGUCUUUAUUCUUCGUCCAGUUGUAGAAAAAUUUCCAGUUGUAAAUAAUUGUUGUUUGACCAAAAUGAAACAUAGAUAGGUGGUAAUUUAAGGAUUGUUAUUGUUAAAGAAUUGUAUCUUUUAUCUAUUGAGAUGGGUUUAUUAAAAUAAGGAUGAUGAAUUGCGUCAAGCAUAAAAAUAUAUUGAAAAACAAGAUUUUAAAGACAUAUUUUUAAGCAUGCUAUUAUUCACUAUGUAUGGCAUAAUAUAGGAUAAUCCAUAUCGAUGUGUAAUUAAUAAAGCAAUUUAAUAAAAUGCUUGAAUGAAUAUAUAUUAUGUAUAUUACAUUAUAUAAUAUACAAUACUACAAUUUAAAAAUAAUAAAAAUAUACUCUUUAUUAUUUUAUCUAUUUAUUAAAUACUAUCCACGAAUGCAACGUUGUCAUUAAAAAGUCGUAUACAUAGCAAAUAUUGAUUAGAAUAACCAACUACGAACUUUAAACUUCUGACUACAACA